AUGAAUGUAUUUUUCGACGGAUAUGUGCAUUCUGGUACAACGUUGAAGGAACUUGUCGAUCAAUUUGACAAUGUUCUGAGGAAGAAGGUGGAAAUAGAGACAACAUCUGAUUUCAAUUCAUGCAACCAAAUCAUCCCAUGUGUGAGUCCAUUCUACAUUGAGAAGCAGUUUCAAGCGGUGUAUACAAAUGCCAAGUUUAAAGAAAUCCAAAGGGAGGAGUGGGGGAUGAUUUGUUGUAAUUGCAUACCUAUUAGCAAACAGGGUUGUAUUUCCACCUUCGAUGUCUUGGAUAAAAUUUCCACAUAUGACCAUGUCAAAAUCGUCCAUUACGUAGUUUACUAUAACGAGGAGGAAUGUGAUAUCAAAUGCACGUGUGCACUGUUUGAGAUGAGAGGCAUUAUUUGUAGGCAUGCAUUUAAAGUUUUUCAAAUGAAGAAGAUUCAUGUGUUGCCAGAGAGGUACGUCUUGUAUAGGUGGAGGAAAGACUUAAAGAGGAGAUACACACUUGUCAAAAGUAGCUAUGAUGACUUGCGGGAUAAUGCGGACGUACGAAGGAAAAUAUUUGAUGACAAACAAGUUGGAGUUGGUGAGCUCUCGGCCCACCAAGUUGUUGCUAAAGUUGAAGAUGUUGUUGUUGGAACCCAAUAUAGUACUGUCACACAACAAACACCAUCGAACAAUGAUUAG